AUCACCUAUUUAUUUCCCUUCGAAGUAGAACUGAGCCAGCUUCAAACCUACCCUGUGGAUGUGCCUUUGGCUUGGUUGGUGAGCAGCUCCAAAAGAGCUGCAGUUUCUCAGAAGGCAGGAAUUACAUGAAGCACACGUUUUGUAAUGUGACCUCCAAUGGAGUCCAUCCCUAGACCCAAAGGCUUGACUUAAGAGAAAAGUCUGGAGGCAGGCCGGACCUAUUUCAAGAACGAGAGAGGCCUGAUCUGAGUGGGGCCCUGUACCUCCCUUCUUCUCCACGCUUGCCCCCGGGGGUCUGCACACCCAGUGAAAUAAUUAACUUACAGUGAAAUGAAUAUCCUUCCCAUCGCCCAUGUUUUCCUCGCCUCUGACGGUCACCUACCCCACCCGGUGCUACAAUGAGGGUCCCUGUGAAUCACUGUAACCGGCCGGCUGCACUGCCGAAGUCUGUGUCAGGUUGACUAGUUGGGUCAUGCCAGAGAGGAGUUCUUACUGGAAAUGUCAGAAACGAAGACAAGGGCCUCACCUUCCCGAGGGCCUACUAUGUGCCAGAUAUUGUUCUAGGGGCCUCCACACAUCCACGUAUUGUUUAACCCCCACAAGGAAACAGUCCCGUUUUUCAGAUGAGGAGGAAAGCAGGAGGCUGAGUGGCUUGCCUAAGGGCUCACAACUGGAGCGUGGAGGCAGGGUUCGAAUCCCACCAUUUCGCAGGAAACGUGAGGCCCACUACCUAUUUUUGUUUCCGCUGUUCUUGUCACGAUUUGACAUCAAUGGAGCACCAAAGCCUGUUGUUUGGCCGGCCGAAAACCCGGCAGUAGACACUGCUGCAGCCAAGAGCACUUAGUGGCUAAAAAAGGAAAUAACUUUCUAUAUGUGAAUUCUGGCCAAAUGGUGGCAGAUGCUGAAGAGUCUGGGAAUCCUGAGAACUGGGGGCCGAGGGCUUCGAUGGAAUCGUUCAUUCUAGGAACAGCAUAUGCAAGGGCUGGCCAGCCAAUAAGCCAGAGGCUAACAGCAGAAACCCUGAGCCUCUUCUGGGAAAGUGGGAAGAGCCCUGCUCAGGGAGUUAAGAGACUAGAUAGAGUUCUGGUCAUAGGUUUGUCACCAGCUGUCAGUGCUGGGGCCUCUUUGCUUUGCUUUCCCUUUGAGAGACACAGAGCGACGGUAGGCUUUGAGUCAGGCAGACCAGCUGCCAAGUCCCUUAGGCAGCAUUUGCUACUGGUGUGACUUUGUACAAGUCACUUGACCUCUGAGCCUCAGUUUUCUCAGCUGUAAAAUGGGAUCAUAGCUACUUUCCUACCAGAGUUAACAGAAGGGCUAAAGGUAUAGUUGUAAAAUGCUUCACACGUGGAAAACUCUCAACUGAGUGGUACCUGUUAUCGCUAUUCUGAACUUUCCUGGAACCUGGUCUUCAGCUGGUAUAAAAGUAAGGGAUUGGUUUUGAUUGAUGUCUAGAUUCCUUUUGGCUCUACCGUACUAUAUGAAUCUAUGACAAGAUGGUGGAAAUAAUAAAGAAAUGUAAGCAUCCCAUAAAUUCAAUUUUCAUUAAUACCUGCAUAGGUUUUAAUCAACCUUUUGGGGGUAAUUAAUAAGGACCUCCAAUAUUUCAUUGUAGUUGAAUGUCUCCAUUUGCCACUACCUCCCAUCCACCUCUUACAAAUAUUUCUUCUUCUAACAGUUUAAGAAGAAAAUUACUUAUCCCGGCAUAAUUCUCCUUCCCCACUUUGCCUGCUCCCUUCCACCCCCGUGGCUUUGAAACAACUGUCUGCCAGUAGAGUGUUUCUGAGCGACCCUCUCUGUCCUUGUUAGAAUGAAAAUAAUGAAAUGGAGAGAGCGGUUAAUUAUCUGCCGUUGGCUGGAGUCGAAGGGAAAUUAAAGUGACACUUCAUCUCCUCCAUCUGUCUCCUUCUUCUCUCUCAUCUCUGUCUCCCUCCCCCCUCUUUAGUGAUCAAGCUUCAGGGGUGUAAGCCCCCUGCCCCAGACUUCUGAGAAGGUUGCCCACACUGCCCAGCUCAAUAGCUGUAGCUGUAUUACCCACAUGGUUAUUUCCCCAGAGGCCAAAGAGGCUGCCCCAAACCCAAGUCAGGAAAACAGUGGAAAUUCUAAAUGUGAGAAUUACCCCCAAGCACUUAGAACUCAACUCUCGAUUCUAACAGUCACUUUGAAAACAUCCCUGCAGCGCUCACCUUAUGUAAAAGUGGCCAGCCUCUGACUGGUAAGGAUUUUUGGAGAAAGGAACUCUAGGUGAUUAGAUAGACUCCAGCACAGUUGUGAAGACAGGCAGGGGUAUUGCUGUCAGACAAGGCCAGAGCCAGUUUUGGUGUCAACUCCUCUGCUUACUGGCCAGUCUUCCUCGAGUGACCUUGCUCAGUCAACCUCCCCCAGCCCGGAUAAAAGGAGGGGGAUAAUCCCCACUUGCCCAAGUUGUUGGGACAAUCAAAUGAGAAAACGCAUGUCAAGAAACUUGCAAAAUGUCUGGCACAUAGAAAGGUCUCAGUAGCUUUAUGUUAUUAUAAUCAUCAUCGCCUAGACUGAAAGUUUGAUUGUUGUGUCACUUGAGGUAAACUAGAAAAUGGAGCUGAGCAUCUCCAAGGGUAAUAAAGAUUGCUGAUCUGGCUGAAGAUCAAGACCACUUUCUAAUGCAAUCCUCCCUGUAUCUCUGCAUUUUAGUGAGAAACUGUGGAGGGGGAGGAAGGGGAAAUCACAAAGACGUGCACUAAUGAAUAAGGGACAAAAGGGUUUUGAGAUGAUGGUCAUGCUUGGUGCUUUACUUUAUAAAGCCACCCUUGAUGUCGGCACAGCACAGGAGUCCCAUAAACAUUUUCUGAACUGAGCUGCACUGAUGUGGCAUUAUGUCCAAGGACCCUUUAAGUGAGGCCCCGCGGGUCCUUUUACAACAGAAUUCUCUUCAUUGGGAAACAAGUCAGCCCUGCUCUGUGCCACAUUCCACUGUUUGGUGAGCGGAAUUAUAGCAUGGGCCAGAGUGCUGUUAUUAUUACCAUGAAUAACAACCUUUAUUGAGAACUAGAGAUCUGUCAGAUAAUGCCCCGAACAUGUGUCGUUGUCCAGAAUUAGACUCAGGCUCUGCAGAGUGGUCUUAUAAUCUAAUUUUGACAAACUUGGGUGAGCUUCCCCAGUGAUCUGUGGGGAGGAAAUGGAGAAGAAACAGUCCAUGGUGAGCAGGUACAUCCAGUCCUGCUCUCAGCGAAGCAGAGGGCUCUGUCACCGACAGACAGAAGGAAGGCUCAGGGGCUGCUGUCUCCCUGGUGUUCUGGUCACCACAGCCAUUGUGCAGGUGCCCCAAGGUCACCCUCCCAGGGAGUCCCUCUACUGGCAUCAGGUGUUUCAAGUGAGCUGAAUGCUGUAAUUCAUUCACUGUGGUUGAUUUUUAAAACUACAUGAAUUAACCUAUCAGGUGCCAGGCACAAUGUCAAGCACUAAGAGGAAAGAGUGGGUAGGGGGAUUUUAGCGGGAGGAUACAAUGAUGAACAGAUACGGGCCUUUUCUUCAAGGACCUCAGGGUUGAGUUGGAGAGAUAACACACAGCCAAUAGAGCACAUAAUUCUCAUUACGUGUUUGAAACCCCAGUGACUUUACAGUUCAGUCUGAGGCCCAGCUUCUGACUUGGGGUUGGGGUGGGGGCACAGAAAUGAGAAGGCAACUGUUACGUGUGGCUCCACACGACAGGAUUAGAAUCAAUAGAAGGAAGAGAAUUUUCAAGGAAUCCCCAUGGUAGCUUCUUGCUCUCUUGCAAUAUGCUUUCUUGAGCAGGAGAGACAGGGUGCUGUUUCAGCAGGGUGCUGGGUGGCACCUGUAACCUGCAGCCUACCUAGUUUAUGCUACAGCCACUACUAAAGGACAGCAGGGUGAUUAUUGACUGUGCCGUGCCUUAUGUCCCCACCUCAUCUGAGGGCUGUGUCCCAUUAGGGUCUACCCACAGGAGCAAGUCAUGUAUGAAAAACAUGGUCUAUCAUAGGGGUUGAGAACUACUCUAAACUCCUAGGCAUGGCCUCCAAAGCCCUCCAUAACCUGCCCCCACCUAUUCUUUAGACUCUACCUCCCCUGCUCUGCUCAUUGUCCUCUAAAACCAUGCUGCUUUUCACUUGGUAGAUUUGUUCCUGUGGUUGCCUUUGUCUGGGAUGCCCCCCACCUCCUCCCCUCCACAAAUGUCACCUCCACUUAACUCCUACUCAAGGGUUGCCUCUUCUGGGAAGCCUGGUGUAUUUGCACGUUUGGUUGUGUCUGUAUCCGUCACCAGACAGUGAGUUCCUUCAACAUUGAGUCUUACUGAUCUUUGGGGCCCUAAUUGUGAGGGUGAACUGAAUUAUACUUUCCCAUAAUCCCCUCAGCACCCCACCCACUGCUGGUCACAUCAAGGGAGCAUCAUAAAUAUUUUCUUGUUUGCCCAAAAGCUGGCCCCCAGGCCUUAUCACUAAAUGGUAGUCGAGUCUCAAAUAACUCACUGCCCCAGGGUGAGAAGAAGCUUUUGAAGUACUGAAGGGGGAGACAUAAGAAUCGAUGGGCUCUACCCUUGGAAGGAAGAUGGAGGGAAGCGUUCUGGUGUGCACCAGACUUGACCAGAAACUCAGUGGUCUAGGUUCUGUCUCCAUUUGUCUUCAUCUCUUCAAGCAGGUCUUUUAGCUUCUGUAGAUGUCUCCUUCUCUGCACAACAGAGGCGACAGUCAUCACCCCACAAAGUGGCUCUGAGGAUUCCUCUGUUCCGCAAUAAAAAUUGAGGGUCUAUAUGUUCUGAUGGUAUUCAAUUGUGAACAAAAAACAAACGUGGUCCCGCACUCUUGGAGUCAACAAGAGAAGAAGUCUUGGUGGCUGUCCCCCACUGAGCCGGAAUGGGUGACUGGAGCUUCCUGGGAGAGUUCCUGGAGGAGGUACACAAGCACUCCACGGUGAUCGGCAAGGUCUGGCUCACCGUCCUCUUCAUAUUCCGCAUGCUGGUGCUGGGCACGGCGGCCGAGUCAUCCUGGGGGGACGAGCAGGCGGACUUCCAGUGUGACACCCAGCAGCCCGGCUGCGAGAACGUCUGCUACGACCAAGCCUUCCCCAUCUCGCACAUCCGCUACUGGGUGCUGCAGACCAUCUUCGUGUCCACGCCGUCACUCGUGUACAUGGGCCACGCCAUGCACACCGUGCGCAUGCAGGAGAAGCGGAAGCUGCGGGAGGCCGAGAGGGCCAAAGAGGUCCGGGGUGCUGGCUCUUACGAGUACCCCGUGGCCGAGAAGGCAGACCUGUCCUGCUGGGAAGAAGCGAAUGGAAGGAUUGUCCUCCAGGGCACUCUGCUCAACACCUAUGUCUGCAGCAUCCUGAUCCGCACUACCAUGGAGGUGGCCUUCAUUGUGGGCCAGUACCUCCUCUACGGGAUCUUCCUGGACACCCUGCACGUCUGCCGCAGGAGCCCCUGCCCCCACCCUGUCAACUGUUAUGUCUCCCGGCCCACAGAGAAGAAUGUCUUCAUCGUCUUUAUGCUGGCGGUGGCCGCACUGUCCCUCUUCCUCAGCCUGGCUGAGCUCUACCACCUGGGCUGGAAGAAGAUCAGGCAGCGCUUUGCCAAAUCUCGGCAGGGCACGGCUGAGUGUCAGCUUCCUGGUCCGAUUGCCGGCAUAGUCCAGAACUGCACACCACCCCCUGACUUCAAUCAGUGCCUGGAGAAUGGCCCUGGGGGGAAAUUCUUCAAUCCCUUCAGUAACAAGAUGGCUUCCCAGCAGAACACAGACAACCUGGCCACUGAGCAAGUGCAAGGCCAGGAGCAGAUUCCUGGGGAGGGUUUCAUUCACAUCCGUUAUGCCCAGAAGCCUGAGGUACCCAAUGGAGCCUCUCCAGGCCACCGCAUCCCCCAUGGUUACCAGAGCGACAAGCGCCGUCUCAGCAAGGCCAGCAGCAAGGCCAGGUCAGAUGACCUAUCAGUGUGACGCUUUAGUGCGGGGGAACCAGGACCAGGUGGGAACAAAAGAGGCUUAGAGAGGGAAGAUGUGUCCCUACCGACCCCAUCGCUCAUUCUCAUAUCUGUUCUGCUCCUUUUGGGCUCUGGGUCUCAAGGCCAUUGCCCAUUUAUUCCAGAAGGUAGGACCAGGGCUCUGCAAGUGCAGGCAGAGACAUGGCUUCCCACCCAGGCUACUGUCCCUUCCCCAUCCUCUAACCAGUGUACCUAGAAGACUUUCAGAUUCUUUAGUCAAGGGGGUAGAGGAAGAAAAGAGAACUGUGGCAAAUCUGGCCUGGGAGGGAUAGCCAGAAGGAUAAGAUGGCUCCCUACAUACCAGCCACAUACCAGAUGGGUUCUCCAAGUUCCUAUGGCUUCCUUGACCCUAUCACCCUUCUUCCUGCAAGAAAGAGCCCAACGUUCCUAGCCAAUAAAGAGCAUGAAUCAAGGACCUUACAUUAGAUGCGCUCUUGAAUCUGUUGUCUCUGUGGGUCAAACCUUGGAGUGACAAUGAGGUGGCCUUGGGCUGCCCUUGGCUGCCCUCCCUCUAUCCAGUCUUACUUAAAAAGAGGCCCUUGGAACUUGACCAGCAACCUCAACUUUACAAGUGCUUUGGUAUGUACCUCUGGCAAAUGUCCCACUUGGUGAUGCUGCAAACUUUACUUCUGCCAGGGUGACAACUAACUAGCCCAUGGGGGUGCACACUCCCCUAGGGAGCGACUGUGUACACAGGCCCCACUGGAAUCCCUGCCACCACCUGUCAUCCUGCGGCUCUUUUACAGCUCAACCUGAUGAUACAAACCAUCCCAUCCCUCCCUUCCUUGGUUGUUCACUCAGUGCUCCCCUAAAGACCUUAUCGACCAGAAUGCCCAAGAAGCCGUCGUCCUCUCUCAGAUCCUGACCAGAUCACCAGCCACAAAGGCCAGUGGAAUUUCCCUAGGUCUUAUUAAAACAAAGAUGGCAUUGUGCUUCUCAGAUUCCCGUUGGGAAAAAAUAAUUCUGCUGUGAAGAUAAAAGUGAAAAAAAAAAAGAGAGAAAAUACUGGAAAACUAUUUUUCCCUCCUAUUUAUUUCCCUUGCUGACUGCCAACUUAAAGUGCCAAGAGGAGGUGUGAUGACAGCUAUGGAGCCCCCAGAUCUCUCUCUCCCUGGAGGGCUUAGCAGGGGCAUGGAAGCAGUAAGGGAAUCUCCAGCUCUCUUGGCAGGGGCCUCAUUUAAGAGCACACAAAUUCCUAUGUCUCCCUGGUGCUCCUGAUGAGGCUGCCAGAAAGCAGUGGGGACUGCAGACUGUGAAAAAGCCCUGCCUUCCCAGGGACUGGCCUGGUUUCUCUGUUCAGUCCAUCCAUAAUGGGUGGUUGCCAUUUUGGAUGAAGGUAAAGGAUGCUCAGAAUUGGAUACUGAGACUUACAGGGAGAUGAUUACUUCUUAAAAUGCAUAUGUGUGUGUGUGUGUGUGUGUGUGUGUGUGUGUGUGCGCGCACACGCGUGCCAAUAGGGUGGGGAGGGGGAGGGGGAGGAGAGUCUGAAAUAAGGAAAGGAAACCUUAAAGGAAAUUGUAUCUUCCUGCCCUCACCUCCAGAUGCCUGGCAGAGGGACUGAACCUCACUGUUUAUAGUGGCAUUGGCCUAUUUAGGUGAGAGUUCGAGGAAGAGGAGGGUGAAGGUUCAGAGGUAGGCUCAGCCUCUGCCCCACUCACCCGUCUCCAGGCCCCUUUGCUUAUUGGCUAUUGGUGGGUAGAGAGAAGUAUGAGGGUAGAGAGUUGGAGGGGACUGACCAGGAUGCCAUUUAGGGAAGAAUGACUGCUCAUUCCAGGUCCCUAGACACCUUUUUAUCUAUUGUCUGGCAUUGGCAUGAAGACUGUCCAAAACAAAACCGAGAAGACUCUCCUUCCAUCUCGAAAAUGGGUUUGUUUUGUGAAAUGGGUAUUAUUGGAUUAGAAAUCCUAUGAGAUUAUCCUUGAUGAUGGGACUUUCAGUAAUGAAACAGGAAAUGAUAUGUGUAGUGUGUCUUAAUAAAAUUUGGCCCUGCAUGUC